AUGGCGCCUCGUUUUGUAGACUGGGUGCCCACAGCUGAAUGGGCAGAACAAUGGAAAUCAAAACUCCCACUCCAAACGAUCAUGCGUCUUCUACAAGUGUUGGUACCGCAGGUGGAGAAAAUAUGCAUUGACAAAGGUUUAACUGAUGAAAGUGAGAUCCUGAAGUUCCUGCAGCAUGGUACACUCGUUGGUCUUUUACCAGUGCCGCAUCCUAUUCUUAUAAGGAAAUAUCAAGCAAAUGCUGGGACAAAUCACUGGUUCAGGACUUACAUGUGGGGAGUGAUCUAUUUGAGAAACACUGAUCCUCCAAUUUGGUACGAUACUGAAGUGAAACUGUUCGAGAUUCAAUAA